AUGUCAAGUGAAAAUGUAAAGAAAAAGAACAAGGUGGGACAGGCACAGGAGGGACCACCAAACUCUGUGCUCCAAAUGUGCGCGGGUCCACCCGCUGCAGUCAGAGAGGACAUCUGCACGGACACCGUAUCGGACAGCUGGGUGGUGCAGGUAGCCUGUAUUCAGGUGCUCUUUAGCCGGCUUCAGGGGCUACAGGUUUGCAACCCCUCCUUGAGAGUCGGGGGAGCGAGCCCGGCCGCCUUUCGAUUCCCGCCUUCGCGUUGGAGCGCUUCCUGUUUGGCACGUAAGGGCGCUAGCGGUUGCCAGGGCUCCGGUGGCAACUUCCGCGGCGCUUUGCAGGUCCGGCGGGUGGAGGUGGGUGCCGCACACCCGCGGUGCGAGAAGGCGGGUCUCCGCUCUGCACCCUGUCGGGUACCCUGUCUGUGUGCGGUCAUGAGUAGCGACUUCCUGGCGGAGCUGCACUGGGAGGAUGGAUUCGCGGUCCCAGUGGCGAACGAGGAGAACAAGAUACUGGAAAACCAGUUGUCAAAGAUGCAGGAUGAAAGGUCAAGCUUACAAGAACAGCUUCGUGACUAUGAAGAUAGAAUUAAUGCAAUGACAUCUCACCUCAAAAAUGUUAAGCAAGAGUUCUUAUUUACACAGUCUCUUCACAAAGCACGGGAGAAUGAGAUUGAAAGUGAAGAACAUUUUAAAGCCAUUGCUCAAAGAGAAUUGGGACGAGUGAAGGAUGAAAUCCAUCGACUGGAAAAUGAGAUGGCUUCAAUACGGGAAAAGAAAAAUGAUAAGGAAAAUAGCAUAUUUAAAGCUACUCAAAAAUUGGAUGGCUUGAAAUGUCAAAUGAACUGGGAUCAGCAAGCAUUGGAAGCCUGGUUAGAAGAAUCAGCUCAUAAAGAUAAUGAUGCCCUCAUGCUUCAGAAGUAUACACAACAAGAUGAUAAUAAAAUUAGGGCGCUGACCCUGCAAUUAGAAAGAUUGACUUUGGAAUGUAAUCAGAAGAGAAAGAUACUUGACAAUGAGCUUACAGAGACUCUAAGUGCACAGUUAGAAUUGGAUAAAGCAGCACAGGAUUUUCGUAAGAUUCAUAAUGAAAGACAAGAACUCAUUAAACAGUGGGAGAACACAAUAGAACAGAUGCAGAAGAGGGAUCGUGACAUAGAUAACUCUGCCUUGACAUUAGCAAGGAUAAAGCAGGAAACCAGAGAAAAAGAAAAUUUGGUGAAGGAGAAAAUCAAGUUUUUGGAAAACGAAAUUGGGAAUAAUGCAGAGUAUGAGAGAAGAAUUGCUGCUGCUGAUCGUAAAGUUUUAAAAUGUAGAACAGAAUAUCAGCAACACGAAACUAGUAGAAAUCAGCUGAAGGAUGAGCUGGAUUCUUUAAAAGCCACUGUGAAUAGAACUUCCAGUGAUCUAGAAGCUUUGAGAAAACAUAUUUCCAAAAUAAAGAAGGAUAUUCAUGAAGAAACAGCAAGGUUACACAAAAUGAAAAACCAUAAUGAGGUCAUAAAAAAAGAUUUAAAGCAGAUAACUGAGAAAACCAUGUCGGUAGAAGAGAAAGCUACCAAUCUGGAAGAUAGGCUAAAGGAGGAGGAAAAAAGUGUAAAGGAUGUGGAAGUUCAGUUGAACAUAGUGAAAGAUGUGCUGUUUAAGAAAGUUCAGGAGUUGCAGACUGAGACAAUGAAAGAAAAAGCUGUUAUAUCAGAGAUUGAAGGAACCCGUUCCUCUCUAAAACAUCUCAACUGUCAGUUACAUAGACUGGAUUUUGAAACCUUGAAGCAGCAACAAAUUAUGUACAGUCAGGAUUUUUACAUUCAACAAGUAGAACGGAGAAUGUCACGGUUAAAGGGAGAAAUUAAUUCAGAAGAAAAGCAAGCCCUUGAAGCAAAAAUUGUUGAACUUAAGAAGUCCUUGGAAGAGAAAAAAUCUACAUUUGGUCUUUUGGAACUACAGAUCAAGAAGCUUCAUAAUGACCUUUACUUUAUCAAGAAGUCAAACAGUAAAAAUUGUGAUGAAAAACAGUCCCUUAUGACCAAGAUAAAUGAGCUAAGCCUUUUCAUUGACAGAUCAGAGAAAGAACUUAAUAAAGCCAAAGACUAUAAACAGGAUUUGAUGAUAGAGGAUAAUCUUUUAAAACUUCAAGUGAAACGUACUCGAGAAAUGCUUCAUAGUAAGGCAGAAGAAGUUCUUUCCUUGGAAAAAAGAAAUUAAAGUUCACAAAACAAUGCUUGUGUCACAAAUAAGAUACGUUGAUCAACAAAGACAAAACAUAAGUGCUGAAUUUCAUGAACGACUGAGUAAAAUUGAUAAGCUGAAGAAUAGAUAUGAAAUUCUUACUGUUGUUAUGCUGCCUCCUGAUGGAGAAGAGGCAAAAACACAGGCUUAUUAUGUAAUAAAGGCUGCUCAAGAAAAAGAAGAACUUCAAAGGGAAGGUGACAGUUUGGAUGCUAAGAUCAACAAAGCUGAAAAAGAAAUCUAUGCUCUAGAAAAUACCUUGCAAGUGCUGAAUAACUGCAACAACAAUUACAAACAAUCUUUUAAAAAAGUGACUCCAUCCAGUGAUGAGUAUGAACUAAAAAUUCAACUAGAAGAACAAAAAAGAGCUGUGGAUGAAAAAUACAGGUACAAACAAAGACAAAUCAGAGAGCUUCAGGAAGAUAUCCAGAGCAUGGAAAAUACUUUACAAGUCAUAGAACAUUUAGCAAAUAAUGUCAAAGAAAAAUUAUCAGAGAAACAGGCUUACUCAUUUCAACUAAAUAAGGAAACUGAGGAGCAGAAGCCAAAGUUAGAAAGAGCAACUAAACAGUGCACAAAACUCACAAAGGAGAUUCGUAUUUUGAAAGACACAAAAGACGAAACACUAGAAGAACAAGACAUCAACCUUCGUGAAGUGAAACAAUUUCACAAGGUCAUUGAUGACAUGUUCAUUGAGGUCACAGAAGAAAAUGCUGAGAUCCGCAUUAUCCUUCAAACAUAUUUUCAACAGAAUGGAUUAGAAUUACCAACAGCCAGUACUAAAGGAAGUCAUCCAAGUUCUAGAUCUCCUUCACAGACUUCACUGUUAUCAGCUAGGUCUUCUAGGAGUGCCACAAAUACUUCGGCUUCUCAGACUCCAAUUAAAGUGUUAGAGCUCAACUUCCCAGCCUCCUCCUCACCAACAGGCAGCAUUACUAGACCAACAAGUUCUAGUAGUAGCUCCAGUAAUGGUAAAAACAAAAAAAGCAGCAAAUAAACAUUUUAAUUUCUUUUGAAAAAGUUGUAAACACAAAAACAAAAACCUCAUAUUUUAAAACAGUAAGUCCUACUCUAUGCCUUUGGGUGCUAUAUAAUGAUGAUAAAGACAAUCAAAAUGGUGUUAGAAAUAUCAAAUGAUCAGAAAAAAAAUUACCCAGUGAGAAGUGAUGUAAAUGCUUAAUUUCCUUAGUUUUCCUACUCUUUUCUUUAUACAGGAGGAAAAUACUAGUAUUUUUUAAAAAGGCUACAUGUUAUACUAACAUAGGGUAAAUGGUGUUUCUCAUUGUAAUCUUGAUAUAGUGAUAGAAAUGUUUCAUAGUUUCAUGGAACUGCAACUCAUUUCUACUGUAACAGGAAGAAAUUUCAAAGAUUUAUUGCCCUUAUUAAGAGCUUAUAAGAAUGUGAAGACUUUCAUUUAUACUAGAAGAUCCCCAAGUUAUAUUUUCUUUAUUCAAAAAAAAACAUUCAUUAAAGGCAGUUUCUUCUUCUGGUAUAGUUUUUAACAACAAAAAAGAGGUAUUAUCCCCUCCCCACUAAAGAAAAGAAUUGAUAAGAGAGAAAUACUGUGUAUCAAAAAAUGCAGCUUAAAUUAAGAAUUAUUCCACUCGACCGUGAAAGAAAUCAAACAUUAAAGAUUUUGUUCUCAAGCUAUAACCAAGCAAGAAUAAAAAAAAAUUUUGUUUGAAAUUUUAACUUAAAUAAAUGUAAAAAAUUCUAGAUGUGACUUUGUCAAAUAGGGAUUCCAUGGACUUACAGUGGACAUAGUCCACAAUAUUUAGAAUUAGUUUUUCCAGCUAAUACUUUAACAUGUGGCUAAAACUUUGGAUUUUUAUAACAGAAUGUGGAAUGUUGUUAUAAAUAAAUGUAUCAGAAUUCA